AUGCCUGACACUGGAUCGGUCGGAGCAGGCGCUAUCGCAGGCAUUGUCCUCGGCGGUGUCUGUGUCGUGGGACUGCUUGCCGCAGCUGUCGGUUUAGCGCGCAACCGAAUGUGGAAUCGUCUUUUUCUACUUGAUGGAAGAUUGCAAGUCAGCUCGUCGAUUACUCGAGAUAUGAAGCCCGGAUCGGUCAGUACAUGCGUUUGCUGGCAAGAAACCAACCGUCUAUGCUGUUGA